AUGUCCCUGUGGAUGAAGCAGCCUCCCUCCGUUGUCACAUUUUCAGCCUCAUCCACAGCCCGUCCAUCCUCUCAAGGGAGCGACAGCACGCCUCCUGAAGCAGAAAUUCGUGUGGCACAGCAUCUCCAGAGACGCAAAGGACUGGGUUCGAUCCUGCAGCGCCUGUCAAACCUCCAAACCUCAGCGACAUACCAAAACGGGCCCCAGAUCUUUCCACCAGCCACAGAGGCAUUUUUGCACCCUUCCACAUCGAAGCACCUCUUCACUUCGCAGCUCUGGACGUCCCUGGGGCAGCUAUUGGAUACCUCCAUCCAUCACACCACGGCCUACAACCUGGCAGCUAACGGCAUGGUAGAGCGUUUCCACAGAACCCUGAAAACUGCCCUGAUGUCUCCAUGUAGCAACUCAAUGUGGCUUUCGCAACUUCCCUGGGUCCUCGGCCUUCAAACGACUCCAAAGGAAGAGCUCGACGUCUCCCCAGCAGAGAUGGUUUUCGGCGACCCCCUCGUGGUUCCCGGCGAAUUCAUCUCCAGUGCUCCAUCCACCACCAGACUACGACGCAUCGUCGGGAAGUUCGCUCCCUGCAAACAGACCUACAGGCCACCCAAACACCGUUACGUCCCCCAAGGUCUACGUACGAUGAAGUAUGUUUUCCUCCGCACCGACGCCAACACGCCUCCCCUCACCCCUCCCUACUCAGGCCUAUACAAAGUCACUGAGAGGAAGGAGAAAACAUUCCUGCUGCAGAUUAAUAUAUAUAAGAGAUUGGAUCUCGAUAGAUCGUCUAAAGCCAGCGUAUCUUCAGGA